AUGACUCACCACGAAGGAAACCUCAAGAAGGCAGACAUCCAUCAGCUGCAAACAACAAUGCUACUGCUUCAUCCGGAAUUGAGCAAACUGAUGCUUCUGAUGUUAGGCGACUGCUGGUCAAAGGAAUGUAGUAGCAGCAACAAUUCGCAUUCAACUGAGCAGAUUGAAUCUGGAUUUGAAUGUGAUGAUAAAGUACCCAACGAAUUGUCUCCUUACGCGUCUUCCAGCCACCAGAAGGAUUGUGACAGCAUUGAAGAGGAUUAUUUUGCUGACAUUAUGAAAGAUGAUAUCAUCCAGCUAGAUGAUUCUGCAAUCUACGCGAGUCCACAACACCUGCAAACGGUUGCACCAGAACCUGAGUCGCAGAAUAAGUCUAAGCAGCCAGCCGAAGAUACCCCAUCCUGUAGUCUUCCUUUCCAGGGCACAGCAAAUCGAAGGCUCAGAUUGGGAAGGCAAAAACUUGAAUACAAUGAAGCUCAUCCACUUAACAGGUACAGAGUCGACAAAGCUAACCUCCCUCCCAAGCUCGUCAGUCAUGCGGAUUUGCAGCAGCAGCCAAAAUUGUUGGUUAGAUUAUUCUCUAACGUGGGGUCUGAGCGUUUAUCCGUAUUCUUCAUCGCUCUCAUAAUCCUGGCUGCGCUCUUCUUGUAUGUGCAAGUUGGAUAGUUCCUGAAAAGCAAUUGCAGCUCUUUCUUUGUACAAAGGAGCUCCUGUAAAAUAGUCUGUAUAGAAACUGGGAUGCAUGUACGUACAUGUCCUUCAACUUUAUGGAGGUAAUAGAUAGAUCAAGAAGCUUGCAUUACCAUUAGAAUAGAUUCCUACAGCUGUCUAU